AUGACUAUUCCCAUUCGACGAGCCCGGGAUGGUGAAAGGCCUGCAACUGGCGCGCAGGCUCACCCUUGGCGAUGUCGAUGGUUUGAACUUGACUAUAAUUUAGGGAAUUUGACUGGCGGACAAUGGAUUCUCUUCGAAGACAGUGAAUUUUUCAUCGCCGAAGAACUUGGAAUGACACUGCAGCGAUUUAGAUGUUCUCCCUCCUGUCCAAUCGAAGACUGCAUAACCGACACUUGGAAAGAACCACCACAAAGUGUGCUCAGAGGAUGGGAAUUACUUGACAACGGCUUAUUAGGCGACACCUUCACACACUGCAUCGGCAUGGCCUUUUCAACAGGCACUCAGGUGGUCGCAGACAUAGUGCCCGCUGGUACUUCUAAAGGAGGAUACCUUGUGAAUUACGAUGAAACCUACGCUCAAAUACGAGUGUCUGUAGAGGGAAGAAGUAUACCAAGACAAGAAAAGCGUCUGGUGCAGAUGCUCAUGACCCCUGCAAGAGCGGGUGACAUCGUAAAUGCCCCGAGGACUAGUAUUCGACGACACGUUCUUGCUCAUGACUGUCGACCUAAUAUUGGGGAUGUGGUUGAGAUGGAGGCAGGAGAAGUAGGCGAUGUGGAGAAAGUGGAAGACAAUAAUCGAAAUCCUCUGGUUUCCGUGCGACAAACAACGAACAAGGAGCUUUUGGUCGUUGGAAUAUCCAAAGUGCGAAGAUAUUUUUGCGUUGGCAACCUAGUUCGUGUCGUCGGCGGGGCAUAUUGCAAUAAAAGCGGUAUCGUCAGGCAAAAGAUUCAUUUUAACGAGGCCAAAAAAGACGGCGGCGCCUUGGAGUUACAAUUGAUAGACGAAGAUGCAAGGCAAGAAUUAGUUUUGGUACUCUGCACAGAUGUGGUGAUGCUGCCAAUGGAAGCAACAAAAAAACGAAACGAUUCAUCGGGAGAUGGCAAAGAAGAGAGGGCGAUAGUAAUUGGACCAGAUAUACGAGGGGGCUUUAGCAGUGUUGGCCAGCCCGGUUUAAUAUUACCAAGGAAUAGCAAAGGUAACAUUGUUGCAUUGUUUUUAGACCACCAAAGCGGAUGUCAGCUUUCACAUCUACGCUACUUCCCAGAAUCAAGCUUAUGUCGCCUGCACCAGACUCUGUAA